AUGUUCAAUCCUCACCAAGAUACAUCAUCGGAUCCCUGGUGGAUUUUCACGGCGCUUUGCCUCUUGUACAAUAUCAAGAAGCGAUAUAACUUCGGCUAUAUCAAAUUGGUCCGCACGAGCCCACGAUUUGGAUUGAUGCUAGUGUCUAUGCUCAUCUCCAUUGUCUUUGCGAUUGUGGAUGUACUUUCAGCGACCGUCAAAUUCGGCGGAAUUGUAGGAAUAAACCCUUAUUGGAAGCUCUCUCUUGUCUUCAAAUGCUUCUGCGACACCAUCAUUCUGGACGAUUUUCAAUCUGCCCUGGAAAAGAUUCGCAGGACGUUCUUUGGUGACAUCAAGAGAGAUAAUGGCAGUGUCGCCUUACACGAUCAAGGAAACUCCGGGCGCUUCAGGAACAAGAAGUCACUCACUUCAAACUCCUUCGGCAAUACAGUCAACAUCAACACUGUCCCCAAAUCAUAUGAAAAGCACAACACUGGAAUACGAGAUAUGUUAGGGCAUUCGAGACUGGCUUCUGAGGAUGAUGAUAAGAUUUAUGUAAGUACGGAUAUCAGGACGAGUACCGAUAGGGACGAACAGGACGACGACCUGAGUGGGAAUUCUGUGUCAACGCCUCGAGAACAACGCUACUUUUGA